UCUAACCAGAGCUGCAUUGUCCAUGCAUCUCAGUUCAUCAACUACAAAUUUAACACGUAGAAAUUUGAAAAAUUGAUAAUGCAUUGAUUAUGCAUUUGAACUUAAUGUUGUAAAAGAUUAACGUUCCACAGACAGAGCUGCAUUAUUUGAGAGAAAGUUUCAAGUUCCUAAUUAUAGUGAUCUACAGAUCAGCAUCAUGGCGGCAGGCCACAGAAUUAAAAAUAAUCUGUCAGUCUCAAGUGGUGGGAAAGUGUUUGCACCCAACAUCCAAAGUGAUAAGUCCUCUGGACCUCUGAACAUCUCCAUGGGCAACAAGACAAUUGUUAAUCACUAUGGAGGAGCUUACGAAAAAAAACUUUCAGGGACUGACUUGAAAAAGCUCAAAGUCAUCCACAAAAAAAAAUCAGAAGAGGCGGUUGAAUACCUGAUAGAAACCGAGAAGAAAGGGAAAAAACGCGUUUUGCUGCGUGAGCGAUUUAUUAACGUGCGCAUCACUGAGGGCGACAGCAGCGAGAAUGCGAAAGAGAAGUCUGAAGAGAGGGUGAUUGAAUAUAGGGACAUUUUCAGCCCUGUGUCAGGACAGAGCAGGGAGCCUCUGACGGUUGUUACCAAGGGGUUGGCGGGGAUUGGAAAAUCAGUCCUCGUCCAAAAACUCAUCUAUGAUUGGGCUACCGGCGCUGCCCUGUCUGAAUAUGAUUUCAUUUUCAGUUUCCCUUUCCGGGAGCUCAGCCUGCUGUCCACAGUGAAGCAAGAAAUCAGUCUGCCUGACCUGGUCAAACAGUAUUACCCCUACAUUGAAAAAUGUGCCAGCUUGUUGGCCAAUGAAUCGAUCCGAAUGCUGUUUAUCUUUGACGGUCUGUCAGACGGCGACCUGGAAGUGGACUUUAACAAACACAUUGUCUACCGAGAUGUGACCGGGGCGAUCGCAUUGGGAGCCCUCCUCGUCAAUCUCAUCAAAAAGGAAUUAAUCCCAACGGCUUCCAUUUGGAUAACUACGCGACCCGGGACCAAAAACAGCAUCCCUGCCCAUAACAUCAGCAGGGUGACUGAAAUCACAGGAUUCCGGGACCAGGAGAAGGAAGAUUACUUCCGCAGGCGAUGCGAAGACCAGGCAUUGACCCAAAGGAUGCUCCAGGUCAUGAAGAAACAGAGGAACCUGUUUUUCAUGUGCACGGUCCCCGCUUUUUGUUCGAUUCUGUUCUCGGUUUUGGAAACCGUGUUGGACGCUCAGGAUGAGAUACCGCAGACACUGACAGAAGUGUACUCUCACUUCCUGGUGCAUUUGAUUUUAUUCCAAGAGGAAAAGCUUGAGGUUGUGAAUAAAGACACGCAGGUUAGGUCGCUGAAGUCAAAGCAUGACUCAAUCCUCGCGCUGGGGAAGCUGUCCUUUGAAAAAAGCAACAUCAAAGGCUGCGACACCGUCUUAUUCAGUGAGGAAGAGUUAAAACAGAACAACAUCGAGCUCUCCUUGGUUUGCGGUGGGCUUUGCAAAGAGAUUGCUGACGGCAGCAAAUCUAACUAUUCCUUUGUCCAUUUGGCAGUGCAGGAGUAUUUUGCAGCCCUCUAUGUUUUUCUUGCCUUUUACAACCAGAAGAAAAACGUUCUCGGAAAGAGUUUUAAACUGUUUGAAAAACAGAGCUAUUCCCAGAUUUGCAAAGAGGCUUGUGCAUCUGCCAUCAAGGAUGGGAAAGGUCGCCAGGAAUUCUUCCUCAGAUUCCUUUGCGGACUGGGAACUGCAAAAAGUCAGCAAUUUUUGGAAGGGCUCCUGGCCAGUGAUGGGAAAAACAAGGAGAGAGACGACUCAAAGAAAAUCGCGAAGUUCUUGAAGAAAACCUUGCAGGCAAACAUUCCUCCGGAACAAACCAUUGACAUUUUGCACUGUCUGAAUGAGCUGAAUGAUACCUCUGCCCUCGAGGAAAUCAAAGCUGCUUUCAAGUCUGGGAACUUUUCUUCCGGGAGCCUGUCUCCUGCUCAGUGCUCGGCGCUGGCUUUUGUUCUGCAGAUGUCAGAGGAGAGCUACCAAGAGCUGGAUCUGUCAAUGUACAAACUGCCAUCCAUUGGCAUACGCAGGCUGCUGUUAACCGCAAACUACUUCACCGGGAUAAAAUUAUCUGGGGCCAACAUCAGAGACUGUGGAGUCAAAAUACUCACAGAUGUAAUGCGAAGCCAGGAUUGCAAAUUACAAAAUGUGAAGUUAGAUGGAAACAAUCUUACUCAUAAAAGUUGUGAGCACCUUGCUACUGCUCUGGCUGACAACCACAAGAUAAUCCUUUUGGACUUGAGUGAUAAUAAUAUACAAGACAAAGGUUUCAUUUUACUUUGCAAAGCGCUAGAAGCUCAGAAGUGCUCACUACAAAUGUUAAGUGUUGGUGGUAAUAAACUAACAUCCGCUUGUUGUAAGGACUUGGCUAAAAUGCUUGGUGUAAACAAUACUCUGGUAGAGCUGGACCUGAGUCAUAAUAGAAUAGGUGAGAAUGGACUACAAGAACUCUCUGAAGCACUGAAGAAUGAAAGUUGUAAAUUACAAAAACUUGGGUUAAAUUCUAUAUUUGCAUUUGAGUUUGGAAUAAUGGGCACCUAUGAGGAUGCUUCUGGAGCUGGGAUAAUCUGUGAUAUACUGAAAAGCAAGAAUUGUACAUUACAGAGUCUAGGAUUGGCAAAGAAUUCAUUCACGGAAAAUGGUUGUGCUGAGCUCAUCAAAUCCCUGAAAGGAAAUCAGAUACUGACAGAGCUGGACCUUGGUUCUAACAAUGUACAAAAUGAAGGAAUGGCUGCAUUGUGUGACAUUCUGACAGAGAAAGGCUGUAAAAUUCAAUCAUUAAAGGUGGCAAAUGCUAAACUAACCAGUGAUUGUUGUGCAAGACUUGCUUCUGUGUUCAACACCAACCAGACCCUGACAGAAUUGGAUGUGAGCAUGAAUGAAUUGGGCAAUGAUGGAGUGACCAUGCUGCUAUCCUCACUGAAGGAUUCACGCUGUAAAUUACAAAAGCUUGGAUUGUCGAAAACUAAUCUCACAGAUGCCUGGUCAAUUGAUCUCAAAGCCACAUUUGCAACAUUGCAGGAACUAGUGGAACUUGAUUUAAGUCAUAACAAAUUUACGGACAAAUCCGUUCAAAGGUUUUCUGAAUUCAUUUUGCAUUGUGUCAAGAUAAAGACCGUAAGAUUGGAGAAGAAUCGGUUUUCAGCAAAAGAAUACAAAACUCUAGAAGACCUGAAGAAAAUACAGGAUUAGAUUCGAUUCCCCACAGUGUGGAAACAGGCCCUCAGGCCCAGCAAGUCCACACCACCCCUUGAAGCAUCCCACCCAGACCAUCCCCCUGUAACCCACACACCCCUGAACACUUCGGACAAUUUAGCAUGGCCAAUCCACCUAGCCUGCACAUCUUUGGACUGUGGGAGGAAACCGGAGCACCCGGAGGAAACCCACGCAGACAUGGGGAGAAUGUGCAAACUCCACACAGACAGUCGCCCGAGGCGGGAAUCGAACCCGGGUCCCUGGCGCUGUGAGGUUGCAGUUCUAACCACUCCAAACUGUGGCAUCAAAAACAUGAAUAGCCCACUAGAGGACUUAAAGUUCUAAUAAUAAUUGAAAUCACAAUAGAAAAAUAUUAAUAAAUGUAAAAAUUGCAAAAUCAUUGCAAUUGUGUGAAGAUGUGAAAUCUUAUUUUCUUUAAUAAUUGGCUGAGCAAGAUAACAUCAUGAGUAUCUAAGCUAUACAAUUCAGGAAGCACCAAAGUUUGAUUUCUGGUGUGUGUUGCCUUUUCUGAUCUCAACAAAUAGCCUUUGGACUGUGCCUUAGAAAUGGAAAAUUAACCAAGAUUCCCAUUCUUGAUUUUGUAGAUCUCAUAAAAUUGUAUCAAAUACUGAAGAAAUAGAAGGGUGUGGGAGAUAUUGUGCAUUGAAAAACAAAUUUUUACAACUUUUUACACAGUCUGAAUGAAAAGAUGUUGGUGGAGCUUAAUUGUGGAAUGUAUAAAAUCAUGAAUGGUUAACUGAUAUUAUGUACUCAUGCAAUGAUUUAUCUGUAUUAGCUUAAGAUUUCAUUAUAUCUGAACAAAUUACGGUUCAUAAAGCUAGUGCCUUUUGAAAACUGGCUUAUUAAUUUGAUUAAAUUGAUGGAAAAGUG